CAGCUCCACAACUUUGAAAUCAUGACGUAGUGCUGCCUUUUGUGUCUUGUGAGCCGUUUGACACCGCCCCUCCGGAGGGUGCAGCGGGGCUGUCAGCAGCCAGCUAUCGUUCAGGUUUGCUAGCUGUAAACAAACCUAAAAAAAUCACAAUGCUGUAGUUAUAGAAAAGGCACAUUUUUCUAGCUGCGUUUGUUCGCGCCUUCGACACAAGCGCUAAUGUUCACAAUGUAAACCGACGCCUACAUUUUGGAGUCCGUAAAAGUAACGAGCGUUGAUUUAUUUAUUUUUUUACACUAGCUAAACCGGUCAUUGCUUUAGUUGGUGGCAUCGCAGGUGUUUUUAUGCGACGAUUGUCAUAAUGGUCACUGGGUGAAUUGUGCAUCGAAGCUAGCUCGCUAACGGCUAGUAAACCGCAUGAAACUGGCAAAUUUUGCACCGAGCAGCUCUAGUUAAAUUAUAGCUAAUCAUUUUAGAGGUACGUGAAUAUGGCAUCGCCCGCCGAGCAUGACCUGGCUCUGUCUGAAAGCGACAGCAGCAAGGAGAAGGCUCAGGUGUUUGGGAUUUUGAGGCUUCAGGAAGAGAAAGCUGGAGCUGGGGAUAAAGCUAACACUAGCAGCACACCGAGGGGGGGAGCAGGUGGUGGCGGUGGAGGAGACGGGCGAUGGCAGGCGCCCAUCUUCGCUUUGGCCAGAAAAGCAUCUGAGACCCUGUCAGGUAGCAUUCACGUCCUACCCAGAGUGUCGGAGGACAGGACGUCUCUGCCAGGGGACUGGACCGUCCAAGGUAGAGUACGUUCUGAGUCAGCUCUGAGCUUCGGACGCACACUGGACUCAGACUACCCGCCUCUGCAGCAGUUCUUUGUCGUCAUGGAGCAUUGUCUCAAACAUGGCCUCAGAGUGAAGAAGUCCUUUCUGGGCUUUAACAAGUCUCUGUGGGGUCCCCUGGAGUUGGUGGAGAAACUGUGUCCUGAAGCAGCAGAGAUUUCUGCCUCUGUGCGAGACCUACCUGGACUUAAGACUCCUUUAGGCAGAGCCAGGGCAUGGUUGCGUCUGGCUCUUAUGCAGAAACGGCUGGCAGACUAUCUGCGACUACUCAUCACCAGAAAAGACCUGCUCAGUGAUUUCUAUGAGAAUUCUGCCCUGAUGCUGGAGGAGGAGGGAGCAGUGAUCGUGGGCCUGCUGGUGGGCUUGAACGUCAUCGAUGCCAACCUGUGUGUCAAAGGCGAGGACCUGGACUCUCAGGUCGGGGUGAUCGACUUCUCCAUGUACCUGAAGAACGACAUUGACGAUUACAGGAGUGAGGAGAGGAAUAGCCAGAUAGCAUCCAUCUUGGACCAGAAGAACUACGUAGAAGAACUGAACCGACAGCUCAACUCUACUGUUCAUGGUCUUCAGGGCAGAGUCGACUCCCUGGAAAAGUCCAACUCUAAGCUCAUAGAGGAGUUAGCCAUAGCCAAGAACAACAUCAUCAAACUGCAGGAAGAAAACCAGCAGCUGAGGAGUGAAAACAACCUGAUUUUGCUGAAGGCACAGCAACAUUUGGAGGUAACUCAAGGCGAUGUGUCAGUGGAGAGAGAUACAUAUAAACAGUCUCGUCAUGGUUUGGAUGAGAUGUACAAUGAGGCUCGGAGGCAGCUGAAGGAGGAGUGUCAGCUCAGACAGGAUGUGGAAAAUGAGUUGGUAGUCCAGGUGUCUAUGAAACAGGAAAUGGAGCUGGCCAUGAAACUUCUGGAAAAAGAUAUUCAUGAAAAACAGGACACACUGAUUGGACUGAGACAGCAACUGGAUGAGGUCAAAGCCAUCAAUGUAGAAAUGUACCAGAAGAUGCAGUCAUCCGAUGAGGAAAUGAAGAAGAAGAAUGAUGUGAUCAGUCGUCUGGAGGAGAAGACCAAUCAGAUCACUGCCACCAUGAAACAGCUGGAGCAAAGAUUACAGGAGGCAGAGAGGCACCGCAUCUUGGCCGAGGAGGGAACCAGACGCUUCAAGUUGGACUUUGCUAACAAGGCCGACAGCCUGCAGCGGCAGAUCGAACACAGAGAAAGGCAACUCCAUCAGCUGGAGACAGACCUGAAGAUUGAGAGGGAGUGGCGGCAGACGUUACACAACGAUCUGCACAGAGAGAGAGAGACAGUGGCUCAGCUCAGCACAGAGGCACUGCAGAUCAGCGGACUUAAAAAGGAGUUCCAUCGUCUCCAGGAUGAAAACAUUCAGCUGAGGAACAUCUGCGAAGACCAGGAACAAGCUCUCGAGGAACUAGGCUCCAAACUCAGCGAAUCCAAACUGAAGAUUGAGGACAUCAAAGAAGCCAACAAAGCUCUUCAGGGGGGUCAGGUUUGGUUGAAGGAUAAGGAAGCCAGCCACUGCAAGCUUUGUGAGAAGGAGUUUUCCAUCUCAAGGCGCAAGCACCACUGUAGGAACUGUGGGGAGAUUUUCUGUAACAGCUGCUCUGACAAUGAGCUUCCUCUACCCGCCUCACCAAAACCAGUCCGAGUGUGUGACAUCUGCCACGCCCUCCUCCUCCAACGAUGCUCCUCCAAUCCACCAUGAAGGAGUCCUGCACUGCUGACAGGAAUGCUUCAGUCGACCAGAGAUCAGACUGGUAAAUCCUCUAAGACCGAUCUCCUCACUGAUCUUAAUACAGCGUUUGCUGCUAGGAAAGGACCAGUGCAGUAUUGUUCAGACCCGUUUUUGUUUGACGUCACUACUUUGUUUGCACAUGAUUCGCUGUAUUAAACGUUCAGUCAGUUCACUAUAA